UUCUAUUGAUAAAACUGUCGCAGUUAACUAGUCGUUUUGUCCUACUUGUACUGGUACUGUUGGCAUAGUGACAGUUAGCAAGGCCGACAGUUCCAACUUUCAAGUACCGGUAGUAAGCACCGAAUCCUUUGGCUAUAGAACGUCUUUGCAUUGAUGAAUUUGCGCGCACCGUUGGGGGGUCUGCUUAGGACCUGGCGGCUGGGUUCCCAAGGCACAGCAUUAGCCUCAAAGCCGCAUUGCCGGUUCGCCAGUUCGUCAACGUCGUCCGCCAUGUCCGGUGAACCAACGUCGGCCCCGUUGGCUCCCCGCAACGUGUGGUGCAUUGGCCGCAACUAUGCGGAACACGCACGUGAGCUGGGCAACGAGGUACCGACGGUUCCUAUGAUUUUCCUAAAGGCUGGAACCACCGUCGUGCCGCCCGGGGAGCUUGUGUUGCCUGAAUGGUCCCAGGACGUCCACCACGAGGUGGAGUUGGCGGUGGAGCUAGGGCCCGACCUGAACCCCGUGCGUGCAGCGGUGGCGUUGGACCUGACCGCUCGGGACGUGCAGGCUGACCUCAAAAAGCAGCAGUGGCCAUGGACCCUUGCCAAGAGCUUCAAGGGUUCCACACCCCUAGGCAGUCCCUUCCCGCUGACGGGUGUGGACUUGUCAACGUUGAAGCUGACGCUAGACGUCAAUGGUGUACGGCGGCAGACGGGGAACACGUCUGACAUGAUCUUCAACGUGGCAACACAGCUGGAGUAUGUGAGGCAGCACUUCCCGGUUGCCCCCGGUGACGUGCUGCUCACAGGCACGCCACCAGGGGUGUCAGCAAUGCGGGCUGGCGACAUUAUCACGGCACGGGUUGUUGGGCCUGAUGGUGGGGUGCUGAGCGAGGGAGAGUGGGCUGUGCAAGCUGCAAAGUAGUAUAGCAGCAUAUGGUAGGUGGCAUACCUAAGUGUCCACUGCAUUAGAAUCACAGGUCUGGGUUUGCAGCCCCUACAUGCAUUGUUAUUAGCAAGAUGGGUCUAGUAGGAUCCAUGAAGAAGAUAUGCAGGGGGGUUCUUAUGGUUGUAGAUGUUAGCGUCUGCAUGUGAAGAUUUGCAAACUAGGAUUGCCAUGUAUGACUCCUUCCACGCUUUUUCGGUAACUACCCAUGAGCAUCCAUUGAGCAUUAAUGUGUAUCAAGGUGCACCGUCAGUGGACGAGUGCACACUUGUAGCCAUCCAAAGCGUAAUGCAUGGCACCAUCUAACCACCAAGCUGUUGGCAGCACCCAGCCCAGAUGGUCGCUGCCAUGUGCACGUAAGUGGCAUCAAAUGGGCCACACCCAUCCCAGACAACGCCCAGCACUGUAGGGUGCACCUUUGCUACAUGCCCCAUACCUAGGGCUGUUCCCCCCAGCCAGGCACAUUAAACGAGAG